CAAGAUACCGUGGAAUUAUUAUUAUCGUAUUUGAACUCAUUGGUCUGCAAGCUUCCCUUUCGAGCCUCAGCGACAGGAUCCCUCGUAUCGACCAUGGCAGUGACGAAGGGUGUGAUUCUCGUGGGAGGUCCCUCCAAGGGGACAAGGAUGAGGCCAUUAUCUUUGGACUGCCCUAAACCUCUUCUUCCAGUGGCUGGCAAGCCUAUGGUCUGGCAUCCUCUGUCAGCACUUGCCAAAGUCCCUGAAUUGACGGAAGUCAUCAUCAUUGGAUUCUAUGAAGAUGCAGUCAUGAGUGGAUUCAUCAAGGAUGCAAAGAGGGAGUAUCCAAAUCUCGCCAUCAGCUAUUUGAGAGAAUACAGACCGCUGGGUACCGCAGGAGGACUGUAUCAUUUCCGAGACUCUAUUCUUCGAGCACCGGUUCCUCAAAACAUCUUCAUUUGCAACAUUGAUGUUUGCUGUUCUUUCCCGCUCGCCGAAAUGAUGGACGUUCAUUCCAAACACCGAGGCGUGGGCACCAUCCUAGGAGUCAACGUCAAGCGGGAGACGGCGACUCAAUAUGGUUGUAUUGUCCAUGAUCCGGAAACAUCUCAAGUAUUGCAUUAUGUCGAAAAGCCCGAAAGCUGGAUCUCAAACAUGGUCAACGGAGGUGUCUACUUGUUCGACAAGAGCCUGUUUGACGAGAUCAAAGUCGCUAUGGACGAUAAGACCGCUCGAGCGGCUGAAGAUCCUCUCAUCCAAUCGGAUGAGAUCCUCCGUUUGGAACAAGAUGUCAUCGUUCCCCUAGCGGCCAGUCGAAAGAUGUACGUCUAUCAGACCAACGAUUUCUGGAGACAAAUGAAGACUGCAGCUUCCGCCGUGACCGCUUCGUCCCUGUACCUCUCUCGAUUCCUCAAGAAUCGUCCAGAUCUUCUCGCUAAACCAUCUUCAUCCAUUAUCGCCCCUAGCUACGUCGACCCAACAGCUACAAUAGAUCCAAGCGCGAAGAUCGGACCCAACGUUGCUAUUGGGCCAAACGUGACCAUCGGCGCGGGCGUCAGAGUCAAAGACGCCAUCAUUUUCGAAGGAUCAACCCUCGAGCAACAUGCUUGUGUGGUCCAUUCUAUCGUCGGUGCAAAUUGCCAGAUUGGACCUUGGGCUAGAGUGGAUGGUGAACCAGAGCCCGAAAAGGAUACAAAGGGGCAAAUCAGCGUCACUGUGUUAGCCUCCGAAGUGACUCUUGCUCCCGAGACCCAUGUCCGAAGCUGCAUCGUCCUGCCGAACAAAUCCCUCUCACGAAGCUCUGCCAACCAAGUCUUGCUAUAAGCUCAUCGAUCUUCUCCCCUCAUGCACAUAGACCUCCUUUCUUUCUGUCUGCGUCUUCAGGUAUGGCCUAGCGAGGGACA